UGUUUCCAUAGCAACAAACACCGAAGGAAAAAAAAGGUGUCUUUAAAUAAAGUUUGGUGGCUCUUUCGUUAUGGUUUAUUUCAGAUUGAACUGGCUACUGUGGCAGUGGUCAUGUGCUCAUUGAUAUAACAGAAGUUCAAAGAUAUCGUCAUAACAAUGUCUUCACUAAUAAAAUACAAUGCAAGAGACCUUUUAGCUCUAGGCACACACGAAGCAGAAGUGAGUUACGGAGGAGAAGCAGAUUUGCUGAAAAAUUUCAAAACGUGCAAGAAAAACCCGCAGCACAAAAAUUUCAUCCCCGCAGGCGAGUUCCAAAAAGCUCAUCUCCCAGAGAGAUAUCAUGAUGACGACAUCUUCGACUUAACCAACACUCUUAUUGAUCUGACGGUCAGAGUGACAGCCAAGUUCACGAGUACGGAAAGACCCGAAUAUUUUCCGGACACGACCGUCCGAUACCCAUUUUUCAAUAACAUUGGGGAAAAACAUCUGUGGCGGACAGGGACUGGCCGAAUAUGGGACGUGCGGAAAAUGUCCCAUGAGGACGCUGUGGACUGUCCUUGUAGUCGAUGUCAGGCGUCUUUGGAGCCAGUAAGAGAAUGGGGUCAGGUCAAUGUCAUCACAGCCACUCACGUGAUUUUUAACGUGGACGAAGCGAGGCAGUCUUUCUGCAGAAUCGAUUACAAUACAGACAACGGAAGUUAUAUUGAAAUCGAGGGUUGGGGAAGAGACGGAUCAGACAUCAUAGAGGAUCGAUACCUGUUAACUUGUGUUACUCACGAUAUAGUUUUACUGGACAGACUGAGGAAAUCGGUGGAUCACUACAAUGACAUCUGUUACAAAGUGUACAAGAAAUACUUGCCCACCAAAGAACAAGACCGGCUGACCAUUGUGGUGUCACACCCUCAUGGCUGUGGAAAGCGAGUGUCCUUCGGGGAUUGGAAAGAGCGUUUUUUCGUGGGUCACGGAACAACGAAGUAUAGCUACUCAUCGGCCACGUGCCCAGGGAGUAGUGGCGCCCCAAUUUACAUGUUAGGGCGUUCUGGGUGGCGCUGGAUGUACUACCAUGUCCAUAGCUGUGCCAACGAAAGCGUUAACGUGAGUGGUUUAGGAUGGGAGCAUUAAAGAGUCAGCAGCUGCAGAUGUAGUACCAUAGAUAUAGAGAGCAAAGACUAUAAAAUGCAAGUUUAUUCUUUAAGAUGAUGUGUACAAAUCGACAUUGUUAGGUUUCGUGAUCAUCAUUACCAAAACUCUUUGGUCCAGAAUACUCAUGGGCGUUCACAAAACUCUUUGGUACAGAAUACUCAUGGGCGUUCACAAAACUCUUUGGUACAGAAUACUCAUGGGCGUUCAGAAAACUCUUUGGUACAGCAUACUCAUGGGCGUUCACAAAACUCUUCGUGCAUAAUACUCAUAGGCGUUCACAAAACUCUUUGGUACAGAAUACUCAUUGGCGUUCAGAAAACUCUUUGGUACAGAAUACUCAUGGGCGUUCAGAAAACUCUUUGGUACAGAAUACUCAUGGGCGUUCAGAAAACUCUUUGGUAAAGAAUACUAAUUGUCGUUUACAAACCUCUUUGGUACAGAAUACUAAUUGGCGUUCACAAAACUCUUUGGUACUCAAUAAUCAUGGGCGUUCACAAAACUUUUUGGUACAGAAUACUCAUGAGCGUUCACAAAACUUUUUGGUACAGAAUACUCAUGAGCGUUCACAAAACUUUUUGGUACAGAAUACUCAUAGGCGUUCACAAAACUCUUUGGUACAGAAUACUCAUAGGCGUUCACAAAACUCUUUGGUACAGAAUACUCAUAGGUGUUCACAAAACUCUUUGGUACAGAAUACUCAUGGGCGUUCCUUUUCAGUAAUAACAAGUUAAAAAUAUCACAGUCAUAACUGUAGGCCAAAUCUUAAUUUUACUUUUUUGAUCUAACUUUUUUUGUUCUCUAAUAAUAUUUUUAAGUUCAAUACUCUGAAAGUGUCGCAACUAAAGUUCCUGUCCUAUUGGAGCUACAUUUAUCUUUCAUAAUGGCGUCAUUAUUUUAUCUUCGCAUUUCAAAAUGUCUCUAUAUGUUCUUUUUCCUUUUUCUUUUUGCUUUAUUUUAUCUUCAUCUCAUUUCACCAUACCGUUUUUAUUUUUCAUUUCUAUGUUCAUUUCUUAUAAUAUUGUAAGCUUUAGUUUCUAGUUACUUUAAAGUGGAUCGUAAAAAGUAACUGGAAAAGCAUAAUAAAAUACUUUUAAAAAAUAGAAAGCUUAUAUAGAGAGUAGUUAUAUCAAUUACUUUGGAACAGUCAUGUAACUAAGUGUGUACUUGAUCUAGACUGACAAUAAUAAAUCGAAAUGAUUCUAAAUAUGUUUACCAAGUGUUUUUAGUUGGCGCAAUUUUAUGCCUUCAGCUUUCUCAAUGCCCGUUCGUGCUAGGAUCUUAUUAUUGCACAAUCUCUCUUGCCAUGGGAUUUUCAAGAUCGUUCAGAGGCAGCGCAAGUGUAAUGGCGCUUACUUUUCCUUCUUGCCUUGCAUAGAUAGUCCACAACUCACUGCCGCACAGUAACGUGCUCAGAACGCAUGCCUUGAAGAUACAAAUAUAGAGGGACAUUUCUUAUUCCAUACGUUAGAAAACAUUCAUACAAGUGCUAAUAUUCUUCACUAGUGCUAAUAGAGAAUGGAAUGGGUUGCCUGAAUUGAAUCAGCCAGGAAAACCAACGACUUAGCAGAGCUUACGUCAUUGAUAAACACACAUUAUUAGAUUGAAACAUAAAAUUAAUCAUCUUUUUUGAAGUAAUGUUGUAAUCUAUAAGAUAAGAGGAUAAGAUCCAAACUAAUUGAUAAAAAAAUACACCUUGUAUAAGCUUCCAUUCUCUAUUAGAUGGAAAACUCCAAACCUCAGCUGCUUGCCGCUAUACCCGGACACGGGAAAGGUUUCGGGAGACAACCCUGAGAAAAAAAACAGGAUCUGCUAACCGUUAGGCAGAUUGCUGCACACUGUGCUACAGCCUGCGGCGCUACUGAUCCCAAACUGUAUCGGAUAUUCCGUUCUCUUUGGUCCAUCCGUCUGUCCCGUUUAGAUCUGGUAAAAUAGAAGAGAUAUUGAAAAUCCGACAUCAUCAUAUGUUAGACUUUUCAAAUUUCUGAUGCAACGGUUACGUUUUUCUUUUCUCAAAGCGAAAAAUUUAAUUUUUAAAAUCAACUAUGCAAGCAUUUUUUUCACAUAAAUACACCCUUUUACAACUAUUCACUAUUAGUAGUAACAAACACGAGAGGCUAUUUAAUAAGGUUAUAAAGGAUAUACCAUAUUGUUAAUACAUUUAUUCAUACUGCUUUAGAUUUUUUCUUAUAUGUAAUUGUUUUACUAAUGUAUCGCUAGUUCUGUCAUACUAACUCCUACAUUUACAAAAUUAUGGUUAUUAUUUUUUCAAAGAGAAAAAUCUAUUUAAUAUACAUAUAAAUGGAACAUAAUUUAAAACAAGAACUAAUUAGCAGUACAGCGAUGAUUCAUCAACAUCAGGUGAUGUAACACAGAGGACACUCAACUAAGGAUUUUUGUAUCUUGUUUUACGAAAUGUUUUACUUUUCCUUAAGGCUGUGAAAAAGAGAUUGAUCCUUUAGAAAACAAUUAGAUCAAUUAGAUAAUCAUUAUAUGACAUCAGUUAGGCCAGGUUCACAUCUAACUUCACCUUCACUUUCACCUAUCUCUUGGUCUGUUGGACCGUUGGGGCACCACACAAGAUCUGUCAACCUUCUUUCUCCAUUCGUUACUGUCAUUUGCCUUUGCAAGAAUUUCAUUCUGAUAUUCUUUCUGAAAACAAAAAAUAGAAACCUACUAUUUUACCUGUCUGGGUUGACACUUUUGGUGGCCAAUUUUGAGUUUGUGUUUCUACACAAACUGUCUUUGUAACCUUGUUUAAAAGUAGUUUUUAUGUGUUUCUUAUGUGCCAGAUAGUCUGCUCAGUAGAUUAUACUUGAAGUUAAGGAAACAAUACUUUCACUUUUGACUAUCACAAUAAAUAAGAAUCAAUGUAAACUUACUAGAGCAACAGAGGACACGGUAGUUAAACUUUAAGUAGAUGAACAUUUACGAAUUCCUUUAAAGCAUUAAAUAUGUGUAUGUGUAUUGUCUGCUUCCUACCCAUUCUUAUCAUUGUGAAAGCACUGAAAAACUGUUCAACAUUUCUGAGAGCUAGAAUUCCAUGACUUCAAUUUCAUUAUUUCAAGUUCAUGUGAAGUAAGAACACUCAUUUUUUUUUUCUAGACUAGUGUUUCCCAAACUGUGUUCCGCGGAACCCUAGUGUCCUCCGCUAGGCCUAAAUAGGUGUUUCUUGAACUACUGGAAUAAUUAAUUAGUAGGCCACAUACGUGAAUUAAUCUGUCUAAAAAAUAAGCAUAAAGUUACGCUGGGAAACACUGUCCUAGAUAAUUAAUAAUGUUAAAACAUCUUAAUUAUUCUUUUUUUUUUUUUUUUAAAUUUACUUUCUUAGUUUAUUAUUUUAUUUUAUUUCGCUAAUAGAAAAUUUUCUGGCCACUUUCCAAUUAGCUCGUUAACAACCUAAUUUAAAGGAGACCUUAUAUUUGUAUACUAAUUCUACUAAUAUUAAUUAAUCUAACAAGUUCAUAUUCUUCUUUUUUU